CUUCCUUCAAACAAGGUUUCGAUCUUCUGCACAAAUCCAAUUCAGAAGGCUCUCUCUCUCUCUCUCUCUCUCUCUCUCUCUCUGUGUAAAACACAGUUUUAUGGUUCUGUGAGAGUUGAAGCAAGCAGUCAUGGAGGUACAGAAAACAGACAACCAAAAAAGCAACACUACUGAUCAUGUCGUCCUCAACAUCGACCUGCCGGAUUCCAAGCUGAAACAGUCUCCCCAGGCAGACACCAAUGAUCCACUCUCCCAACCUCCAACAACAGCCAAAAUCCUCAGACGACUAAACUUUUCCAAACCAAGGUCUCGGUUCGAGGAAAUCCGCUAUCCCCUCCCACCAAGAAUCAUCCUUGAACCCCAAGAAUUCCAACCCUUAGACUCCCACGAAAACGCUUCGUCGACCGACAGAGAUGAUGAUGAUGAUGACGACGACGACGACGACGAUGAUGAAUAUGAUCGAUUAAUCGAAGAAGAAAACUGCGAAGAUGAAGCUAAAGGCAAGAAGUACAGCAAGAAAAGGAGAACAAAGCUUAACAAGAGGGCCUUAAUCGAAUGGACAUUGUUCCUCAUCAUAAUGACAUGCUUGGUAUGCUCUCUUACCCUACAAUCUCUGAAAGAUGACAAGAAAUGGGGCUUGGAGAUAUGGAAAUGGUGCCUGAUGGUGAUGGUGAUCUUCUGCGGCCGCCUAGUGUCCGGAUGGGUGGUAAGCCUUCUCGUAUUCCUCAUCGAGCGCAACUUCAUGCUUAGAGAGAAGGUCCUAUAUUUUGUCUACGGUUUGCGCAAGAGCUUCCAAAACUGUGUUUGGCUAGGCCUAGUCUUGGUAGCAUGGAUGAUUAUGUUCCCUAAUGUUCAUAAACACAACAAGUUCCUUAAAAAGGUGUUCCGGACACUCAUAGCCGUGCUCAUCGCCGCAACCAUAUGGCUUUUAAAGAUCGUAUUCGUGAAGGUCCUGGCCUCGUCCUUCCACGUUGCUACCUUCUUUGAUCGCAUGAAAGAAAGUGUUUUCAACCACUACAUAUUGGAAACGCUUUCUGGGCCGCCGCUGGAGGAGGACGAGAGGGAGCCCCCACGUCGCCGUCUUCAGGCGUCGAAGACGUUGCCGGCAAGGCUGAGGGACAGGACGUCGUAUCCGUUGUCGAGGUCUAAGAGGACUGGUUCGAGGAGGAUCGACAUGGUGAGGCUGAAGAAGCUGAGCUUGGAGGGUAGGGCAACAGCGUUGAGCGUGAAGAGGCUAGUGAGCUAUGUCAUGUCUUCUGGCUUGCCGACCAUUUCGAGAACCGUCGAUGAUUUUGGGAAGGCUGAGUCGGAGAUCACGAGUGAGUGGGAGGCGAGGAAUUGUGCUCAAAGGAUAUUCAAGAACGUAGCCAAGCCUGGAGCCAAAUAUAUAGAAGAGGAAGAUUUACUAAAGUUUUUGAAAAGUGAGGAGGUUCACACUAUAUUUCCCCUUUUUGAAGGAGCAAUUGAAACUGGAAGAGUUGCAAAGUCUUCAUUCAGAAAUUGGGUGGUCCAUGCGUACGUUGAACGUAAAGCUUUAGCCCACUCCCUAAAUGAUACAAAGACGGCUGUUCAGCAACUUCACAAGUUGGCAAGCGCAAUCGUGAUUGUAAUUAUAAGCGUGGUUUCCCUUCUCGUAAUGGGUUUAGCCACAACCAAGGUAAUCUUCGUGGUUACAUCUCAGUUACUGCUCGUGGGGUUCAUGUUCCAAAACAUGUGCAAAACAAUCUUUGAGUCCAUCAUUUUUGUGUUCGUGAUGCACCCCUUUGACGUUGGUGAUCGUUGCGUAGUUGACGGUGUACAGAUGAUUGUCGAAGAGAUGAACAUUUUGACAACAGUGUUCUUACGAUAUGAUAAUGAGAAAAUUUAUUACCCAAACGCUAUCCUUCUUACAAAGCCAAUCAGCAACUUCAGAAGAAGUCCAGACAUGGCCGAUUGUGUUAACUUCACCAUUGAUGUAUCUACUUCCACUGAUGAUGUUACUGCCCUAAAGAAGGCUGUACAAGUAUACAUUGAAAGCAAGCCGAAGUAUUGGAGCCCAAAACACUCAGUCCUAGUGAAGGAGAUCGAAAAUGUAGACAAGAUGAAGAUGUCUCUCUGUGUUCAACACACCAUGAACCACCAAAACUAUGGAGAAAAGAGCGCUCGAAGGUCAGAGCUAGUCUUUGAACUGAAGAAGAUCUUUGAAAACCUUGGCAUAAGAUACCACCUUCUUCCUCAAGAGGUACACGUCACACAAUUCAACAUGAACAAUGGGAGAAUGGCGAUUUCAUCUUAAACGCAUAUAUACGUACACCAUAUCUCCUUAGUCUCUCCCCAAACUAGCUAAUUAAAAGAAGCUAUAUAUGAAGGCAUUUGUGCAGUGAUGUUGUAUGGAUUUGGAUGAGAUCGAUCUGUUUCAUUAAAGUUGUGUCAUUGUGCUUUAUUUGCAAUUAUGGAGAAAGUUAUUGCACUCUA